AUGAGAAAAGGGCUUUCUCAACAGACAAAGUCAAUGUUUGAAAAAUUAAUUGAGUUAGAUGACAUAUCAAUUAGAUUAUCAGAUAAAGUUGUGUUAUUUAUAUAAAUUCUUGGAGCUUCGCUAAGUUUAUCAUAUUUACAACCUUAAGAUCAACAUAAAUACAUUUAUAUAUUAUCUUUAUUUGCUAGACCGUAAUUAUUUAUAAACUCUACUAUCGUUGGAUAUUUUUUUCUAAUUGCAAAUAUCCUAUAUGUAUUAGGGAUUUUUUUUAAUAUGCCUGGUAAAAGAAUUAUUUCAUUGUAUGGUGGAUUAAUGAUCACAAACUUUUUAAAUUUUGGAAUGGAGAUUUCCUCAACCCCCAUAUGUUUUAUUUUAUAACCAUGCUUAAUUAUGAUAUCAGCUCUUAAUCAGUUUUUGUUAUUAGAAACUUUAGAUAUAGAAACUUAUAAUUUUCAUUAAACUAAAGUUUUCUAUCCAAACUAUCUCAUUUGGUUUAUAUAAAUAACCUAAUCAUUAUUAUGGUAUUAUGAUUCAAAUAUAAUAACACUAAAUUUGAUAGGAUUAUUGCAAUCUUUACUAUAAUUAGUUUUUACAAAUAACUUCAUUAUUGCUUCCAUUUAAUUAUAUACAAUACUUUAUACAAUAAUAAUAAUCUUAGGAUUUUAAAAUAAUUUAUCUUCACUUUUAGUAAUUUUUCCUAUCUUAUUACGAAUUACAUAAUAUAGAGAAGAAAGAAAUAAAAAAACAGAUAUUUCUAAUUUCGAAAACAACAAAAAUAAAAAGAAAGAAAAUGUACUCAUAAAUAUUUCAAUAUUGAUUCAUCAUAAAUAAUAUUAAAAAGCCUUAAUUUAACUUUAAGAAAUGAAAGAUUUAAAUAUUUAUUAAGAAGUAAAAAAAUAAAAAAUGAAAUUAAAAUGUUUAAGAUUGAUAAAAACGAUUAUAUAUUCCAAUUAAUAAUCCCAAUAAACUUUUGUUGAUUCUCUUUAUAAUCUCAUUGAAGUUGAAGAACAAUCAUAUUAAAAUAUAAAAGAGUUAAAACAAUUAUUAUAAUAAAAAUUAUAUCUAUUAUAAAAUUCAUAAGAAGAUAAAUUUGAUCUAUAUUAUGAAUAUUUAGAUAAAAUAUCAAUUUUUGAAGAAACUCUAAAAUUAUAAUAUUAGAAGCAUUCAACUUUAAAAAAUAAGUCAAUAUUAUUAUUUUUUUAUUCUGAGAUUAUGAAUAACUUUCAUUAAGCAAGAUUUCUUUCUCAUCAAAAUAAUCCAAUAUAACAUGAUAAUUAUGAUCUUAAUAAAUUAGCUUAUCUAAUUUCAAAAUAUGAUUAAGGUAUUAAGAUUUCUGGCAUCUCUAACAAUUCUAUAUUCACUAUAGAUUCCAACUCAGAAAUUGAGAAUUACAUUCCUCCAGGAAUAAGAGAACAUCAUAAUUCAAUAAUAGAACAAUUCAUAGAAACUGGAAUUUCUAAAUAUGCUAAAAGAUUUGAAGCUAGUUUUAUUGCAAAAGAUAAUGAUACAUAUAUGUCAUCAAUUGAAUUUGGAUUCAAUACCAUAAUUACAGACGAAUUAAAGUUUAUUACUUUUAUUUAAGUUUCAUUAGAAUAACCUAUGGCUAUGAUAUUAAAUUCUUAAUUAAAAAUAACUUGUUUAAGUGAGUCAUUAUCUAAUACUUUGAAUAUUUCCCAAUUUGAUUUUAAAAAUAUCGAAUAUAAUAUUAGAAAGUUUUUACCAUUAUAUUCUGAAAUUGAAAAUUAUCAAGAGAACUUAGAAUUGAUAUUGUCUGAUACAGAAUAAGAAUUUCCUUAUGUAACAACAAUUAAUUAAUAAAUUAAAGUAAUAAAUAAUUAGCCAGCUUAUUAUAUAUUAAUUUUUGAAUAUAUUCGAAAAUCUAAUUAUAAAUAAAAAAGCUUUUCUUAAUUUACAUACUAAUAAAGCAUUCUUGAACCUAUUUCAUAAUAAUUAGAAUAUAAAUCUAAAUCGGAAUUUGAUUUUUUUUUAUAAGGAAACAUUGCUCAAGAAGAGCUUAUUGAUAUUCCUUAUAUUGAAAAUGAUUGUAAUUAAUAAUAUUUACAUGAUUUGAUUGAUUUAUAAUAAAUGGAUGAUAAUACAAAUAUUUACAGUCCUGAUAAUAAAUAAUAAUCAAAAAUAAAGCUUAUUAGAAAGUAAACUUUUGCAUCAAGAUUGCGAAAAUAAUAAUCAUUAAAUAUAGAAUAGGAUGAAUAAUUUUUCAUAAAAAAUUCAGUAAAUUCCGAAAACUCAUUAUCCAAAAAUUUUUUAUCAAAUUAUUAUAAUUAAUAGUUCAAUAUCGCAAAUAAAUUUAAAAUUACAUUUUUAUUAAGUCUAUUUGUAACUCUUGCAUUCUUUUUAUAACAGAUAAUAAAAGUUAAUUCAGAUAUUAAUUAAUUGAUGGAUGAUUUAGAAGUUUUAGAUUUUUCAUAACUUUGUUUUUAACCAAUAGAAAAUAAUCUAUUGAUAAUAUUUUCUUUGAGUGAAUACAACUUAUAAUUUCUUCUGAAAAUAAUUACCUAUUAAUAGUUAAUUCAAUUUAUAUAAUUUCCAUCUUCUUAAAUUUUAAUAGGAUAUAAUUAAAUAUACACAAAUUUUAAUCUUUUAUUUUAAUAACCUUUGCUAUAAAAUACUUUGGAUGAUAAUCAACUUUAAAUUUAUUAAUAUACAAAUAGUUCAAAAGUCGAAAACUAUAAUAUGAGUUUAAGAAAUGCUUUUGGAACUUUGCUGAAAUUUCAAUAUGAUAUAUUAAUAGACUUUAAAGUAAAUGGAAAAGUAACUGCUGAUUCUGCCCAUAUAUAUUUUACAUUUAAAAAUUAUAUGCCUUUAAAACAAAUAGUAACUGAUUUACAUAAAGACUUAUUAGACAAUAAAAUUAUUUAAGUAGAAGAUAAUAUCAAAAUAAUAAUCAUUCUUCUGGUUGUUAGUAUAAUAACACUUACAAUUCCUUAUUUAUUAAGUUAUUAUUACUUUAAUGGGAUAGCAAAUUAGAUUAGUAGAUUUUAUAAUAUAAUUUUGUAAUUGCCAUAAGAUAUUAAAGAUGGGCAAAUUUUAUAUUAUAAAUAAUUGAUCUCUUAAUUUAAUGAAGAUUGUGAAUUUAUUUUUAGAUAUAAAUAUAAUGAAUAAGGUUUUAUGAAAGAAAAAUAAAAAUAGAAUUAAAAUUAAAAAAGAAUCAAAGUGCAAAAUAGAUUAAAAUUUAGAGGCUUAAGUUGGAAAUUUGGAUAUCUGGUGUUAUAUAUUUUAAUUAUUUUGAAAUCUGGAAUUUCAUUUUAAUUAAAUCUAGAAUAUUUAUAAGGAUAUUAGGAAGUGGCAAUCUUUUACAAGGCUUUAUCAGAUUUGAGUAUAGAUAUUCCUUCAAUGUAUUCAGCAAGAGAAGUAUUACUCUUUCGAAAUUCAUUUCCAUAUUUGCAGAACGAUACAAUCUAAUAAUUAAUCUAGGUAAUUGAAAAUGGACUUAAUAGAACUAAAAAAUUCUUAGAGUAGUAAUUUAUUUACGACAAGUAAAUACUUUAUAUAUUAAAAGAGUUAUAUUGUCAGAGGAAUUUUAGGAGUACUAUGAUUAAUUAGCAAAAGGAGACUUAUGUAAUUAAUUGUCUCAUGAAUUAUAAAAACAAACAAGUUCAUUUUGCAUAUAAUUAUUCAAUGGUAAUAUGAAGAAUGGUUUAUUGUCAAUUUUAACAAUCAUAAGCAAUAAUUUAUAAACAGAAUUGAAUUUCAAUUAAUUUGAAAAAAGAAUUUAGAUAUAAUUUUAUGAUUUAGAAGGACCUUAUUUGAUAUCUGGGAUUAUUAGUAAUCUGUAUUAAGUUAUGAGAUAAGAUAUGCAUGAACAAACUUACAAACUUUUAAAAUAAAUGAAUGUAAAUAAUUAUUAUGAAAAUUUAGAUAACAGGAAUUAGUUUACUUUCUCUUUUAGGAGUGUUGAUAUUAUUAUCUAAAUUAUUAAUAUUUAAUAGAUUUUCAAGGCUUUUUAUAGUGAGUAAAAAAUUCAUUUCAUUUAUCCCUAUAAAAUUGCUUUUGUAAGAUGAAGGAAUGGAAAGAUAUGUUAAAAAUUUAAUGUAUAAAAAUAAUUUAACUUGA